AUGGGAAAAACGAACGAAAUUAUUCUUCUUGCAAGUGAAAAUGAAUUUGAAAGUGAUAAUGACAGUUUAGAAUUAGUCAAACCGGUGUUAAAUUUAUCAUUGGAACAUAUAGAAAAUAAAGAUUCGUUAAAACAAUUGAACAAUCAAACAAAGAAAUUCUCCAAAGUUCAACAAAAACAAAAGACGAUUUGUAAAAAGAAGAAAAUUCCCGAACAUCGUCGUUUAUCUUCUUUACAAAAAUCAAACAAAAAUUCAACGGAAAAAGAUGAUUAUUCAAUGAAAUUUCUAAAAACUCUUCCUUAUAUUGAAUUUUCUGCAAAUAAAAAAAAUGAAUCAAAUCAAAUGGAAAAUCUUCGAACGUUGUAUCUUCAAAUAAAUUCUUCGAUUAAACAAAUUUUUACAAAAUCGGUGAAAAACUCAUCAAGAAAUUAUUUGUGCAAUCGAAAAUUGAACUCAUGA